GUGGGGUGUGCUGUGAUUGGCCGCUGGGUAUAUUUUGGCCCAAAUUAUCCCUAAACUGUAAUUUGGGGAGAUUUUCGAGAAAUAAGUGCAGUCGACUAGAAGAAUAAAAGCACGCUGAUGCUAUCCUGAGCUUCUGUAAUUACACGCUUCCUCUGUAUGUGCUUCGAGAGAAACGGCAGACGUGUGUUUGUACACAUACAGAAGUUUAGUACAGAGUUCGAGCUGGACGGGUUGAUGGAUGUCGCACGAGGGCAGAGAUACAGAAAAGAACGAUUUUUUUGACUCAUCCGAAUGUUGUAAUGGAGAUUUAUUGAUCGAUUCCAGUGUCUUUUUCCACAUGGUAGUUUGUGUCGAGCGUUCCAUGCCAAAGGCUACGUAUCGAUCAUUUCUCACGUGCGUGAUUGUUUUCAGCUGUGUGCUGCUGAGCAUCACACCGUCGCUGUCUGAUCUGUCCACGGUUCAUUUUGAAAUUGGGAUGUUUUGGCACAUCAGCGUUAUCCGGCAGGCGAUCACCGUGGUGAUGGAUUCUGGAAGUUUUGUUUAUUUAUAAAAUCCAGUAGAUUUGACGUGUGAGUCAGGUCAUGAGAUUCGAGUGAGGGUGACUAACUGUGAUCCCUGUGAUGUCUCCGGACCUGGAUGCUUAUUUUUGACGUCUGGUGGUUGGAUCUCCUGAAGGUCCAUGUUUUGGGCUUGGAGGAUCGAAACUAAUUCUUGAGUUUGGUAGCCAAAGCUUGCGUGGGUUCCACAUGGGGAACAGCAGCCGGAGAGCUCAACGGCUUCUAGAGGAGACGGAGUAUUUUAAUGCUGGAGAACCAGAUGACACGGAAUCUCAGAAGUCUCACCUCUCCUCGUUCACCAUGAAACUGAUGAAGUUUCAUUCACCGAAGAUAAAACGAACUCCAUCUAAGAAAGGAAAACAACAUCAGCCCGAGCCCACCGUGAAGACACCAGAGAAACCCGUCAACAAGAAGGUGAGCCGAUUGGAGGAGCAGGAGAAGGACGUGGUGAGCGCGCUGAGAUAUUUCAAGACGAUUGUGGACAAGAUGAACGUCGAUGCCAAAGUUCUGAUGAUGCUUCCAGGCUCAGCCAGUAAAGUCCUGGAGGCCGUACUGCCGCUGGUGCAGGGAGAGACUCGGGUUCAUCACAGCUCAGCGUUGUCGUCCUGUCAUAACCGUGUGUAUCAGAGUUUGGCUAAUCUCAUUCGCUGGUCGGAUCAGGUGAUGCUGGAGGGUAUCGACCUUGACGACAAGGACACUGUGACGACGGUUACCACGGUGAUCAAAGCUGUGCUGGAUGGCGUGAAGGAGCUGGUGAAACUCACUAUAGAGAAACAAGAGCAACCGUCCCCGACAUCCCCGAGCAAACCUGUGCCCCUUGUGACCAAAACAGAGAGUGUGUGUGAAAAUCCUUUAACAGAACGAGAGAAGGCGAUCCUGAGUAAGACCACGCCUAUAGUCACACCCACCGACAGCUUGACUGACAUGUCAGAGGAGGAGGUGGCUCCGCCCAAACCACCUCUACCCGGGGUGAAACUAGCCGAGCACAGGACCAGGAUGCAGUUGUCCUCUGAUCCUGUUGCCAGGCAGCGGAGGGCCACGGCGAUGGAAAUCCCGCCCGCUCUGCCACCGAAGAAGCGACAGUCUGUUUCCUCCCCCACUCGUGUUGCCGUGGUAGCGCCGAUGAGUCGAGUCUCAUGUGCUCUCAGCCCGUCUCCAGGAGCUCGACAGCAUCAGGAGUUUGACGUGGAUCUCCUCCAGAGGCGUUUCUCGGGUGGCAGUCAGUCGUACGGAGGAGAUUCUCCCCGUCUCUCUCCCUGUAACAGUAUGGGAAAACUGAGCAAAUCCGACGAGCAGCUCUCCUCUCUGGAGCGAGACAGCGGCCGGUGCUCACGAAACACCAGCUGUGAAACACUCGAGGGAUACGAUCCUGAUUACGACUUCCUCAACCAGGACCUUUCCGUUUCCGAUCCCUUGCCGUUUCCCACGGGUCCGAGCAGCUGUCUGAGCCCCCUCCCCGAAUGCCAGAUGGAACCUCUGUCCCUAAGCCCCGCCCACACCUGCUUCAGUCCUCCCGUGACCCAUCAGCCUUCUGUGGAUUACAGGACUCCGCCCCUCACGCCAGCAUCCACCAAUAGCAAGCAUCCCCCCGCCCUCCCGCAGAAGAAGCGACGGUCUACCCCAAUUAUAUCGACCUAUCCUCUUUACGAGCGCCUCCCGUCGCACUACGACAACCUAUCGGAAGAGGAGCAGCCGACGCCGCCCUUCCCUCUGGUGACGCCGGUAUCGCCUAUACCGCAGGUCAACGGCAGGGAUGACCUCUCGCUGUCCACCGACCCCAACAGCCCGCCACCGCUGCCGGAGAAGAAGGGCAAGCAAAUCCUGCAGUACAUGCAGUUUGUUGAGGAUUACUCUGAGCCGCAGCCGUCUGUGUUUUAUCAGACGCCUCAGAACGAGAGUAUUUACGAGCAGAGGAGGAAUAAACGCUUUCAGGAGGUUUACGGAUUUAGCGAUUCUUACACCAGCUCGGAUUCUGUGCUCGAGCCCGUGCCACCGCCCGCCCUGCCACCCAAACAGAGACAGCUGGCUUCCCACACCUCUCCCUCUUCAUCCUCCUCCUCGUCAUCAUCUUUUUCACCCCUUCCUCCUCAUGCUGGCCUUCAGGAGGCGGAGCCUGCUCUUGGUCUCAGCCUAUCAGUGUCUAACUCCUUCCUCAGUGGCCAUUCCUCUUUGACCACACCUGUGAGUUCCGACCUGGUUGGCUUGACCAAUGCCAGCAGAGGUUUGGAUGGUGGGGGUGUCUCUAACGGGUCCUUGACCAGCUCUCCGGUCUCUCUGGCCGUCUGUCUUCCUUCCGAGUCGUCUCUCUCUGACUCUCUGCUUACCUCCGCGAGUGAAAGUGUUGACGAAGGCGGCGAGGGGGAAUAUGUGAAUCUAUACGCAUCCACGCACGCCAACGGCGACAGCACACAUCGCACCGACACCGUAUGUUGUGAUGAUGAAAACCACGCCCCUCACAUACCCUCGUCCAAUAGCAAGGAGGCAUUGGCUAAGGACAGACAGAAGGAAUCCAGUCAUGAAGAGAUAGAUGAUAUCGAUGAACUGUCUCUUAUUGAUCACAGUGAGGUUAUGAGCCGCGUAACACUUAAAGCAGAGAAUGAUGACGGCCCGGAUGUGCGAGCCGGAUCCGGUGACAUACUGUUAGUUCACGCUACAGAAACGGACCGCAAAGAUUUAGUUUUGUACUGCGAGGCUUUUCUCACAACAUACAGAACCUUCAUAACGCCCGAGGACCUCAUCAAAAAAUUACGCUACAGAUACACUCGAUUCUGUCACAGUCCAGACACUUUUAAGAAGCGUGUCAGUAAAAACACAUUCUUCGUGUUGGUCAGAGUUGUGGAUGAGCUCUGUCUGGUGGAGUUGACGGAGGACAUUCUCCGGCAGUUGAUGGAUCUGGUGUUCCGUCUGGUGUGUAAUGGAGAACUGAGUCUGGCGCGGGUUCUGCGGAAGAACAUUUUAGAUAAAGUGGAACAGAAGAGAGUCCUGCGACACACGCAAACGCUUAAACCUCUCGCCGCGCUGGGCGUCUCUGCCAGGCCGGGCACGCUGCAUGAUUUCCGUAGUCAUGAGGUCGCCGAUCAGCUGACCCUGCUAGACGCAGAACUCUUCUAUAAGAUCGAGAUUCCUGAGGUUCUGCUUUGGGCAAAGGAACAGAAUGAAGAAAAGAGUCCGAACCUCACCCAGUUCACGGAGCACUUUAACAACAUGAGCUACUGGGUGCGCUCUAUAAUAAUGCAGCAGGAGAAAGCUCAAGACCGGGAGAAGCUGCUUCUCAAAUUUAUAAAGAUCAUGAAGCACCUGCGAAAACUGAACAACUUCAACUCAUAUUUGGCGAUUCUCUCUGCGCUGGACUCUGCACCAAUCAGACGGCUGGAAUGGCAGAAACAGACGUCUGAGGGCUUGGAAGAGUACUGCACUUUGAUUGACAGCUCGUCGUCUUUCCGGGCGUACAGAGCAGCGCUGGCCGAAGUCGAACCUCCAUGUAUUCCCUACCUAGGUUUGAUUUUACAAGACCUGACGUUCGUCCACCUUGGAAACCCGGAUUUUAUUGACGGUAAAGUGAAUUUCUCCAAGCGCUGGCAGCAGUUCAACAUUCUGGACAGCAUGAGAUGCUUCCAGCAAGUACACUAUGAACUGAAGCGGAAUGAAGACAUCGUCUCGUUCUUCAACGACUUCAGUGAUCACCUCGCAGAGGAGGCGUUAUGGGAACUUUCGCUCAAGAUCAAACCACGAAACAUCUCCCGGCGCAAAACCGAUCGAGAGGAGAAGACCUAGAACCUCAAAUGACGAACGUCAGAGACUGUUUACGGUGAGACCUGAACCACCUGCAGAACCCUGGGAACCCACGCUAGGUUGUUUCAGAUCUCAGAAAUAAACUCAAGCAGUAAAUGGCUCCAAUUUGCACCAAUAAACUGCAACGCCCGGCAGUAUUUUCCCUGAUUGUAUCAAGAGGGGAUUUUUGACUCUGUAUGAAUAAACGUAUGCUUACAUAUACACACACACACGCACGUACACACUGGCACACACACACACACACAAAUAAAGCGGACUCGAGCGCUGUGAUUUAAAGCUGCGCGUGUGUGUAUGUACACGCUUAAGAGGGCUCGGUUCAUUUGAUAUUAAUACACUGUGCCUGUUGGAGUGAGUUAAUUUUUGCUUGUCCUGUUUGGACGUUUCCAUUUGGCCUUCCAAAGGUCAGUUGCUCAUUCUGACUGAACUGUUGAGUUUAACGUCACCGAUUUCAACCUGGAACGGGAUCGACCUGCGGUUGACGUUCACACCAGAUGAUUUGGGACAUGGGAGGAUGACUGUGCAAUCUGACAGAUUAAAAUAUUCACUGAUCUGUUGAAAUACGAUUUAGACCGUGAAAGAUGGACUAUAUGAAAUAUAUUAAAUAGAAAAUGAAAGAUGAACUUGACCUUUGGACUCGACCUACUACCGUGUUGUGUGUGUAAUUGUUUACUGUCAUUGUGUUUAAAGCCGUGUGUGCGUGCGUGUGUGUGUGUGUGUGUGCGUGCGUGCGUGCGUGAAUCUCAAGAACUAGUCUGUGUCACAUUUCAACAUAAAAAAUCUAUUAAAAAAAGCCUAUUUUUGGACUCCUAUCAAAGACACUAGAAAACAAAAAUCUCAUUCCUGUUACUGUGACGCAUGAAUAUUUAUAUUCAAAUUGUAAAGUGCAUUUGGCAGGUUGCAAGAAUUUGUGUGUACAGAAUUGAAUUCAUGAUGUUUUUAAUAAGAGAAUAUAAUUGGGUCUCAUUCAUGAACCAUGAGCUGACGUGAAGUGGCACAUUUUUUUGUAAAUCAUUCAUUGCGCCUAUAUUACAUGAAUGAGACCCAUUGUUUUUUUUUCUAGAUUAUGGUAAUGAGUUUUUUGUUGUUGUUGCUAAUUCACACUUGAAAAUCUUAAUGGUCCUCAAAACAGUAUUGGCACGUAAGAGAAAAUGAGAGAAAAAGAGUUUGGAUAUUUCUUGUGAAAUGUGACCCGGUCUUGACGUCUUUUUGAGAUUCAGCGUGUGUCUGUUUCAAGUGAAUUUGGGAUGCGUAUGAUAUAUUCUGUAUAAAUGUGCGUGUACAGUUGCUAUGUAUAAUCUCUGAUCAUGUAGAGGGCAGUUGUGCGGAAAUAUAUUUUCAAACCAAAUGAAUCAUGCACUAAAAUAACUAACAUUAUUAAGGCAAAAGAACACGAGGACUGAAUAUGCUGUGAUCUCUGGGCACCAGAGAGAGAGAGAAAUUGUGUGUGUGUGUUUUCUACAGAAUGUUCUUCACAUAUGGGAGUAGGAAAGCAAAGACGGCUUUCUUCAGCGUGUGUGAUGUUGAUGUUUACUCCUGGGAUUUUUUUUCCUGUUACACCUAUAACAUCCUGUAUAUUCAGCCACCAAUAAAACUGCUCUCUUUGUAACCUUUCUGUUUGUGUUGAUCCAACACUUUAAAAACUAUUUACACUCACAGAGACUGCCGUGGUAUUGGCAUGUUUUUGGACAUACCACCAUUUUCGGUAAUGCAUCAUGGUAAUACUUUGGUAUUUGUACCUACCCCCCCAAAAAUACUGGUACCCAAUAA